AAACGGCAGUGUUUGAAAGCCGUCAGCGUAAGGCAAGUCCGAUUUAUACGUUACGUCGGGGAAUAAAUCGUGACUUGUGAAUAACGCAUAAAAGCUCGUGGUGGCGAUCCAUUGUCACAUCAGGGGAGUAACGUAACAGCAGCAAUGAUGGUGUUUAAAGUUCCUAGGAUUUGUAGAUGUGUGUUCCUCUUUGCAUUGUUGGCAAAAUGUCAAGGUCAGUGGGGGAUGGACGGGCUUAUGGCACCCAUGAUGCUUGGAAUGAUGGGAGGCGGGAACAUGUUUGGGAACUUCGGCGGGGGAGGCGGUGGCCAAUCCCAGGGCGGGGACUUGUUUGGGAACUUCGGCGGUGGUGGAGGCGCGGCACCUGCUGUUGACCCGGCACCGCAGACACCUGACGUAAACAGCGCAGUCCAUUACAUCAUUGGCACAGAAUCAAUGCCUGAUGAAGGUCUCAAGCAGCUUGUUGCUCAGAAAGGAUGGCCACCAAAGGACGCUACUGUCAUGAUCGAAUAUGUACCGCAUUUCCAAAGAAUCGCAAGAGCCACCUUUGCCCCCCAUCUCGCCAAGAUAGCGCUGGAAACAGUCAAACAAGCUGCACCCAGUGGCGCAAACGCCACCUUAGCGGAACAGCUGAAAUCUCAAGGCAAACCUACGUCUGUGGCUAGCGCCGUUAAAGAAAUGAAGCAGUUAACCAAUGAACUUAACAACUUGGUGUUUCAGAAAGCCGUGGAGUGGGCCGAUCAAUACUUGACGCCACAGGCUACCGGGCAACAAUCGCAGUCCAACAACGGAGGGAUGAAUAUGGCGUUCCCUUUCUUGAUGGACGGAUUUGGGUUCGGCUUUUAGGCAUGUACGGAGUUGAAGGUGCACUGGAAAAAAACUAAGAGGAGCCGGUUUGAUGUAAUGAGUGACAGAAACGUGGCGUAUUCGCUAUACAUGAGGAUACAUGUAUUAUGUUCGGAUGUUUUUAUACUAGCGGUGAUAAGUAACUGUGCAUGCAAAUGCAUGUCGUUUUGUUUUCAAUUAAUCCAGAAAUAGAACCUGUUAAAUUCAUACGUCUCGUGGUGUGCACGCGGAAGUGCCUCUCUGGAUCAUUGUUGCGUUGAUGUGUUUAAUAACUGCAGUGAACACCAUGUUUUCACUUGACAACUCAUUAUUUAAACCUCUUUUCUCACAGAUGGACCAUUUUGUCAUUUUUUUGUAUUUUUUUGUCUGAGAAUGAGCCAAAAUUGCGUAAAUAUCUUGAAACCAAUGAUACAAGACUGCUGACAAAAUAUCAGAUCGCAGUUUUUCAUAUUUACGUUCGAAAAAUAAUGUUUUAUAGCUAAAAGCGUUACUAACCCUUUAAGAAAAAAAAAGAUUUUCGGCAGUUUUCCAAGCAAUUGAGAUCUAUGCUCUAUGGUGAGUUAUCUUAUAUGACUGAAUAUAAGACAAGUAUGCCAAAAUGAGCUUGUUCUGAAACGAAAACUAAAAAAGGUCAAAACUGUCAAUUUGUGAGAGUGCAGAUUUAAGACUUGUUUUAUUAUCAUGCACAUUUACUUAUUUCCUCUAGAUCUUUAUGUCUUAGUUGACUGCUGGCUGCAUAUUGCCUGUCAUUGCUUGAUUAACGUUGUCAUUUCAAUAGCCAUUACUUCUACUACAAAACUACUUGGCGGUGAUGAAAAUGACAAAUGAUGUAUUGUACCGGAACAAUGAUUUUGGUUAAUCGUGUGUUCAUUAUGUUACCACAGCUUCAAAUUAGCAUUGAUAAAUUUCAACCCAGUGAAUAAAUGUCUAUUAUAUGAUUGUGAAUCUGACUAAUUUCGCAAUAAAAAUGAAUUAUCUUAAAACAUAAUCAAAAACGAA